AGAUAGGUUUCUGAAAUUCCCUCGUUCCCAUUUUUACCCAAAAUUUUCAAUUUCAAAUUGCUUCAGUGUUAACUUCUCCAUUUUUCACUGCAAAUUUUCGCCUUUUUCGUAUCGAAUCGAAAUGAAUUGAACCGAAUUUCAUCGAUUUGGUGCUAGUAGAUGAGUAGAUCAACAAUGUUAAUUCAAAUAAAAGAUUGAAUGCAAGUAUGUUGAGUUGUGAGUCUAAAUGACUGGUGGUUGGAUUUGGAGUCUUUCGCGUUGAUAAAAGCUCAAACCCUAAUCCUAAAAAGGUAUGAACACAAAUUUGGACUUGUUGCUGGCUAUCUAUAAGUUAUAACUCUCCCUGUUGAAAUUAGACAGUAUUAGUAUUGCCAAGAUUGAAACUUUGUGGUCGGUUCUGUUUGAUUGACUGAGAAUUGGGACACACGGAAUUUGACCCGGAACACCCUUGAGUGACUUGGACUCCUGUGCUGUCUGCUAAAGUUUUCGGAAGCAGUUUGUAGACGGGCCAGCAUACUUCAAUUCUGAAAAAAGAAGGAUUUUAGGCAUGGCUCCAGCAAAAAAAUCUAGAACUGCAAAUAAGCGCUUUUCUCCUACAACUGAAAUCUCUCCCAGUAAAGAUGGUAAUGGGGACAAUUCGAAGAAAAGCUUGCAACGGAAGAGGAAGUUGGCUGACAUGCUAGGUCCCAAGUGGAGUGACGAGGACCUGACACACUUCUAUCAAGCAUACCGCAAGUAUGGUAAAGAUUGGAAAAAGGUUGCUGGUGCCGUGAAACCUCGAACUGCAGAGAUGGUGGAAGCUCUUUACACAAUGAAUAGGGCCUAUUUAUCUCUUCCAGAGGGGACUGCAUCUGUUGUUGGGCUGAUUGCCAUGAUGACUGAUCACUACUGCAACUUGGCAGCAAGCGACAGUGAGCAAGAAAGUAAUGAGGAUGCUGGAACGUCUAGAAAACCUCAAAAACGUGCGCGGGUUAAGACUCAGCCUAAUGUUUCUAAAACAUCUGAGGUGGCAUCCCCAACAUUAGCAGCUACUCAUGGCUGUUUAACUUUGUUGAAGAAGAAGCGUUCAGGAGGGAGCCGGCCUCGUGCUGUUGGAAAAAGAACCCCACGCUUUCCUGUUUCUUUUUCACACGAAAAUCCCAUGGGUGAGAAGUAUUUUUCUCCAAGUAGGCAAAGUUUGAAACUUCAGGCAGAUGGCAGUGACACUGAUGAGGAUGUGAAGAUAGCAUUAGUUUUAACCGAAGCUUCACAAAGAGGUGGUUCUCCUCAGGUUUCUCAGACACCAAACCGUUGGACGGACAGUGCUAUGUCCUCACCUGCUGAGACUGCUGGAAGAAAGCGUGUUAAAAUGGGUAUGGGCGAUGGAAAGCUUCUCAGUAAUGAAGUGGACGAAGAAGAGGGAAGCAUGGAAGCAGACACCGGAGAGCUGUUGCGGUAUAAAAAGGAUUUGACGGAAACUGGAAUCAUUAGUCGAACAGCACAAAAGGGAAGAAAACCUUAUGGUGAAAAGUUGGAAGUUGAUAGUGGUGACAACCAUUUUGAUGAUAUCAAAGAGGCAUGUAGUGGUACAGAAGAAGGUCAAAGAUUGGACGCGGUGGGGGGUAAACUUGAAAUGGAGGGCUCAGAUGAAAAGAAUUCAAGGACCUCUUUACAAGGCCCUAGAAAGAGGAGCAAAAAGAUGUUUUUCAGGAGAGACGAAGACUCCCCUUUUGAUGCUCUGCAAACUUUGGCUGAUUUGUCACUCAUGAUGCCAACAACAGAAAAUGAAGAUGAGUCGAUCCCGGCCAAGGAUGAUACUGAUGAUCAUGUUGAUGAAUCUGGCUCCGUAGAAGCAUUGCCUGCAAAUAAACAAAGAGACAAACAUGGAUCAGCGGGGGUUAGAUCAAGAUGGAGUCAACCUGUAUCAAAGUCUGGAGUUGUUUCCAGUAAGACAUUAAAGCAUGGAAAAGUUAGACCUACUGAUGUAAGUGCUGUUCCUGAAACAAAGCAGGUGAGGAGGGCACAGAAAGCAAUGUCGUCUAAGGCUCGAAAAAGUGAAGGUCAUAUUAACAAUGAAGUCACCGACUCUCUGGAAGCUGAGGCAAAAGAAUUACCAAAUAAGUCAACAAAUAAGGGUAAAAGAUCCAAUCAGAGCAUGUCACCGAAAUUAAUCAAAGAUCAGGAGCAUGCAUCAUGCGUAGAUCCAAGAACAGAACAAAGUGAUUCAGCUCAAUCAACUGCACAGAUCCCUGUGGAAAACCAGGUUAAUUUACCUGCUAAAGUCAGAAGCAGGCGCAAGAUGGACCUGAAAAAACCUCAAAGACAAAAAAAAUCAAAGAUUUCUGAUAAAAUUUUGGAUGAUACGAGUGCAUCCGUCACUGCAUUUCAGGACAGAGCAUUCAGUCUUAAGGAAAAGAUUUCCAAUCGCCUUUCCAAACAUCAGGUUCGUAGUUGGUGUAUUUAUGAGUGGUUCUACAGUGCAAUUGACUACCCCUGGUUUGCCAAAAGGGAAUUUGUGGAGUACCUGUAUCAUGUUGGAUUGGGACAUGUUCCAAGGUUAACUCGUGUUGAGUGGGGUGUCAUAAGAAGUUCUCUUGGAAAACCACGGCGAUUCUCUGAGCAAUUUUUGAAUGAAGAAAAGGAGAAGCUUUAUCAAUACCGAGAAUCUGUCAGAACACAUUAUAAUGAGCUUCGUGAAGGUACAAGAGAAGGGCUACCCACAGAUCUUGCAAAGCCAUUGUCAGUUGGGCAGCGUGUCAUUGCUAUUCAUCCUAAAACAAGAGAGAUUCAUGAUGGAAGUGUGCUAACAGUUGAUCGCUCCAGAUGUCGUGUUCAGUUUGACCGACCUGAGCUUGGGGUUGAGUUUGUCAUGGACUUUGAAUGCAUGCCUCGAAAUCCAUUUGAAAACAUGCCUACAUCACUUAAAAGGCAUGCAGAUGGUGUUGAUAAGUUUUUUGAGACUUUCAAUGAGCUCAAGGUGAAUGUACGAGUAAAUGAAUUUAUGAAAUUUCCAGUUGGUGACAACAUGGAGAAUGGAGAUGUUUUCUCUCAUUUCUCCCCACCAAGUCAUCCAAUAAGUAAUCUCCUAAUGCAGAAUAAGGUGGCUUCAGCAGAAGCUGAUAUGCAAUGUAAAUCUGGAGUCAUGGAAACUGCCGCAUAUCAACAAACAACACAUUCAAAGCUUUCUGUUGCUGCUCAAAUACUAGCAAAGGAAGCUGAUGUUCAAGCUCUUGUUGAGUUCAAUCGGGCGCUAGACAAAAAGGAUGCAGUGGUUUCAGAGUUGAGGCGCAUGAAUGAUGAAGUGUUGGAAAAUGAAAAGAGCAAUGACUCUUCUCUUAGAGACUCAGAGCCUUUCAAGAAGCAAUAUGCGGCUGUGCUAAUACAGUUAAAUGAAGUCAAUCAGCAAGUUUCAUCUGCUCUAUAUCGCUUGAGACAGAGGAAUAACCAUCCGGGAAACAUGUUACUUGCAUUGCCAAGGCCAGUUACUAAUUUCAUUGAUCCUAGUGUGUUGAGCACUUUUGAUCGUUGUACAAGUCAGCCGGACGAAUCAGGAUUCCUUGUCAAUGAAAUAAUAGAAAGUUCAAAAAUCAAAGCCCGGACUAUGGUAGAUGCAGCUGUGCAGGCGAUGAUUUCAUUUAGUCGUAGAGAGGACACCACUGAGAAGAUUGAGGCGGCUAUUGAUUAUGUGAAUGAUCGGAUUCCGCUCGAUGACUCUUGCAUGCCCACUCCACCUGAUCCUAAGUCAAAGAAUAUGUCAGAUACAAAUGAAGCAGAAAUUCCUUCCGAACUUAUCUCAAAAUGCGUUGCUACUUUACUUAUGAUUCAGAAGUGUACAGAACGACAGUUUCCACCCGCUGAUGUGGCAAAAGUGCUUGAUUCCGCUGUAGCAAGCUUGCAACCAAGUUGCCCGCAGAACGCUCCAAUCUACCGUGAAAUACAGAAGUGCAUGGGAAUCAUCAGAAGCCAAAUUCUGUCAUUGGUACCAACGUAGACCAUGUGUAAGUUGCACGGACUCUUCACUUUCGAUGCCACACCCGUGUCAGAUUCUCUAAAAAUACUACAUUUGGAGAAUCCGGUACGCACCCGUUGACAUUUUUGAAAGUCCGAGCAACAUAGUUAUCAACUCCUUGUAAACUCAGUAUGCAGAUAAUAACCUUAUUCAUCGUUCAGCUCUUAGACCAAUUCAAACUUAAUUAGCUGCCUCAAUGGUGAUUUCUGUUUUUCUGUUCCCCUCCUAAUGGAGAGUGGUAUUGUUGAAAAUCAGUACCUGCUACUACCUGUUGGAUUGCAAGUUCAAAGAGGCAUGAAAUGAUGAAUUUU